GUCGCCGAUGAAAGUGUCCCGAUCGAUUGUCGGCAUAACAACUGGUCGCCGGACUUGUUGGCCAGCUCCUCGGCUAUUCGAUCUUCGUUCGCCGAGAAAAAAGUUGCAGGCACCGAAACGAACAGCUGUGCCUCGACCGAGCUUCGACGAAGCUCGCGAUUUCACGCCGCACGCACCGAUCUGGUUAAGAUCAAAGAUUCGGAGUAUCCCCGCUCGUUUGUGAACGCGUCGAGUGCCGGUCGCCUCGGGAAAUACACAUCAGUCGAUGGUGAAAUGUCGAGUCACGAGGAUAGCUCGAUCGGUUCCGAUAGCGAGGACGAUCCGAUCGAGACAUGCACGCGACGGGACGAGAGCAGAAUCGACAGGUCACGAUCGAAAAACAACAGCCCGCUUGCGCGUCCCUCGUCUUUCUCGAUGGACGAGUCCUCGAGGAAAUCGGGAAAUUCGAGGGAGAUCCACGAUCAAGAUGUGACGGAGGAGGACGUUGAGGAGGAUUUCUGUUCGGGACGAGUGGAGAGACAAAAAUGUUUCGCCGCGAGGAGAUCUUUGUCGGAAGGAGACUGCGAGCGAUAUCAUCGUGCGAAACGUCGUUGCAGAUGCGUCAGAGGAGAAGAGGAAUCUUUCAACGAAGAACGGGAGAAAUUCCCAGCUUUUCCUAGCUUUAACGACACUAGGCUGCAGAUCAUGGGAUUAUCGUGCUCCAACGACAUAGACAGCCGCAAAUAUAUUGCGUUUUCGAUAGGACUUGGUACGGACAGGAUCACUCUACAUCAGAGGAUGAUAUUGUCACUUCGUCAACGGGACCAGUCGGAACGAAAUUUCAUGGAAGAAAUUAAAAAAAUGCAAGAAGAUAUAAAGGUACUGAGUCUGUGCCUACUUUGCACAGAUCAAGAGUCGAUAGACAAAGUGGAAAAUAUCCGUCACCGGUUGGACAUGAUAACACGGUCCGCACACAGAGUUUCUUGUGCUGCUGAAACACUCGGAGCUGUAUAUCAAGAGCACAGAAUUUCUCGUGCAAUUUUUAUAGGUGACAAGUAUCUGCAGUUACUACGAUCCAGAUGUGAAAAUCUGGCGGCAGACAUCGCAGACGUCAAGCAAAUAUUGUUGAAGAACAACAUCAUGAUAGAAGAAACCGGAGAGAUGGGGGAUGAUUUACCUAGACUUCGAUACAGAAAUGGAUUACCAUGCAACAAUCGAACAAUGGUUUGAUGAAAAUCUAUAUCAGGCAAUGCUGCAUGCGAAACGUGAAAUUGAUUAAUUCUUUCUUGAUUGAUUUUUAUUUGCAGAUGACUAGAAGAAGAGCGAGCAUCGCUACGAUUUCGCGACCCUUGAGUUCACAGGACGUGAUAAAGGCAAUAUUUUUGUCAUAUUAA